CUUCGUAGUGAGAGACCAUCAAGGACUUAGCGACAGACAGCCUUUCAUCCAGGGUAUCAUGUGGAUGUUGAUUACUCAACUAGAUCAGUUGGUUUAACGAUGGGGUAUGGCAACAGAAGCCACGUGAAUCCUAUAUCAACAUCAUGUCACUUCUCUGCUGUACCCAUCAUCAGCACACAUUGUCACUGUGCAUACCCAAAUUCUCCACAUCAUGGGUUCUUCGAAGGCUCAAUUUACACUGCACACUCACGUCACUUGUCCUGCAGCUUUCAAAGUCGCCCAUGUCCUAUCGCUACUCGGGUUGGAAUAUGAACGUAUGCUGCCUUUCACACUCUCGGUUAUCAGGAAUAUCAAGCUAAGAGAGGAGAAACUGAAGUGGUUCACAGCACUGAACCCUAAUGGCCGGAGCCCAGCCUUGAUUGAUCACACUCAGAACGACCAUGUCGUGUGGGAGAGCACUGCCAUUCUGCUAUAUCUCGUGACACUAUACGACCCCGAGCAUAAGCUAUACCCCAAGGAUGUCUUUGAGCAAAGCAAAGUCAACCAAUGGAUGAUGCUGCAAGCGAGUGGUCAAGGCCCAACGAUGGGUCAAGCCUUUUGGUUUGGCUACUGGCAUCAUGAGGUCCUGCCCAGUGCGUACAAGCGUUUCGUGGAUGAGAACAAGCGCAUUCUAGCCGUACUGGAAAAGUGGCUGAUGGAGAGGAAGUGGUUGGUUGAUGUCUCGUAUUUGUCGUGGUAUGAGGAGGCAUACUGGGUGGAUGCCGACCUGGAGGAGGAAUUUCCUGCAGUGCAUAAGUGGUUGGAAUCGAUGAAAGCGCUUCCAGAGAUUGUGGCUGGGAGCGUAGGCAGGCAGAUGAUCCAACAGAAAAAGCUUUGGGAAAGGGAUGACUAUAAGCACGAUCAAGCGUCAUGA